AUGGCCUGCGACUCCUCCCAGUGUGGACAGCCCCAAUGGAGGCAUUUUUUCAUGAUCCUCAGUGCCAUGCCAUGUCUCCAUACAGUCCGUGAGGCCGUUGUGACGUGCAAUGAAACAACAGUAACUGUGGAAGUGGAGAAGUCCUACUUUAUCAGACGUAAUGAGUACAUCUUACAUCUGAAUGACUUCAAUGAUCCUUCCUGCAACUUGACCAGACGUUCCAACGCAACUCAUCUGGUGGUUGCCAUGCUGCUGGGCAGCUGUGGGACCAUAAUUGAGGAAGAUGCUGACAACAUUCUCUUCAAGAACGAGAUCACAUCUGCUGACCCAAAUGAAAUCAUUUCCAGACAACAUGAUGUCGAGAUUGCCUUCUGCUGCGUCUACCCGAAGCGAGCCAACCUGACGCUGGGAUUCACCCACAAAAACCCCUACGCUUUCAAAGAGAAAGGCUUUGGUGCUUUCACCUUCCAGUUUGAGUUCUUUGAGAGCCAGCGGUUCAGACAGCAGGUUAAUGACAGCUCCUACCCCAUUGCGGUGUACCUCAAGCAGAUGAUCUUCAUGCAGAUCGAGGCAACCUCGUCCAUCCCCAACACCGAGCUGUUUGUGGAGACCUGCAGGGCGACUCCCUAUGACAAUCCCAAUUCCCGCAUCAGCUACACCAUCAUUGAAAAUGGGUGUGUAAAGGACCCAACAGUGCAAAUCUAUAACAGCUCCAAGUCUCAGUUCAGAUUUGGAAUGGAGGCUUUCGAGUUCAUCGGCGCUCACGAGGAGGUCUACAUCACAUGCUCGGUCAUCUUGUGUGAACAAGGCGUCUCUGGAACCCGCUGCAGUCAGGGAUGCCUCAGGUCCAACUCAGGGAAUCGUCGCAACAAAAGAGAGGCUGUAGCUCAGUCCAGCAGCCACUCCAUUUCCCAGGGGCCUUUGCACCUAGCUAAGAUUUCUGACAGUCAAGCACCAAACCUGAAUCUGACCUUGAACCUGGUCUUCGUCGUUGGCUGCCUCCUCGUAGUUGGGGUUGUGAUCUACCGGUCGAGGAGCAACAAAGCUAAAUACCAACGGCUGCCGACCUCUGAGCCAGAGUGA